AAGUCCGGACUGAGGGGCACGCUGCUGUUUUGGUCAUGUGCUAGUCGUAAAGUUUUUAUCGUCCUCAUGGGAGAAUCGUCGCUUGUGCCUUAACUUUUUGUGGUGUCGUGGGGAGUUUGAGUGUCCGCAUUUGGAAAAAUGCAGGAUCAUAAUUAUUAUUUCUCAGGAGAAAAGACCAAGGACGUGCUGUCCAACAAGCUGGGGCACGAAGAGGAAAAACUGGAAGAAACGAAAGUGUUCUUAGGCGUCGCUUUCUCCAGGUGGACCUCGCUGAAGAGGGACAAAAGUUUUCAGAGUGAUGCCGAAGUGGCCUGCUUUCUGCUGGACAGCUAUGAGAGAGUUGUGAUGACAUCAGCGCCCACAAAGGAAAAGCCUUCACAAGUCCCAGCUCCAGCUACCAUUGGCACCAGUCAUUCUUUCAAUGAUGCCAACAGUUAUGAGAGAGUUGUGAUGACAUCAGCGCCCACAAAGGAAAAGCCUUCACAAGUCCCAGCUCCAGCUACCAUCGAUACCACUCGUUCUUUCAACAGCUAUGAGAGAGUUGUGAUGACAUCAUUGGCCACAAAGGAAAAACCGUUACAAGUCAUAGGUCCAGCUGCCUUUGGCACCACUCGUUCUUUCAGUGGAGCAAACAGAUUUCCGUAUCCAAGAUUGCCAAACGGAGUGGGGAUGCGUCCAGUGACUAACCUUCAACCACCUGACCCCAGAAUUCUCAAAAUGGUUGUAUUUGUACCUCCACGAGCAACAUCAGGGUUAACACAAGUCAGGAGAAAUGCCCAAGAUGCUCCACCUCAAUUAAAUGCUGGUCUGAAACAGCGGGUCAUAGAUCAUCUCCAGCUAAAGAAAAAACAGGAAGAAGGGCCCACAAAGAUGGAGCUGGAGGAGCGUCGUAUAGAGGAGGAGUGUUGUAUAAAGAUGGAGCUGGAGGAGCGUCGUAUAGAGGAGGAGCAGGAGGAGUGUUGUAUAAAGAUGGAGCUGGAAGAGCAUCGUAUAAAGAUCGAGGUGGAGGAGCGUCGUAUAGAGACGGAGCUGGAGGAGCGUCAUAUAGAGAUGGAUCUGGAGGAGCGUCGUAUAAUAAAUCAGCAGGAGCGCCAUGAAAAGGAGGAGCAGGAAGAAUGCCACUUAAAAGACGAACACAAAGAACGCCAAAUAAAGGAGGAGCAGGAGGAACGUCACAUAAAUAGCGAAGAGGUUGAAGUGAAUCUUAAUGGGAUAAAGGAGGCUGAUAUCACCGGGUUCCUGCUCACUUCUGUUCAUGUGAAGAGUGAAAAUGAUGAAAAGAAACCGCAGUCCCCACAACCUCAUCAAGGCCCGCCUCUCAAAAACAUGGAAGGGCAGACACAAACCAGAGGAUCAGGUAAACGAAUGAAAACAGAAACUGAGGACGAUGGAGGAAGCACAAAGGCUAGGAACUCUUAUCACAGUAGCUGUUUACCACAGAAUACUAAUGUACAGGCUUCAGACUUCACCGAGACUAAAGAUGGUACUGUGGAUGGUGAUUGUGAUAAUUAUUGGCAGGAGCCAUUGUCUGCUUCUGAACCUGAACCUGAAGAUGGCAAGAGUAAAAAUUCUAACCUGCAUCAAUCUCUGUCAGAAUCUGGAUCUGAAACUGAAGACAGCAGCAUUGAUAAUUAUAACUUGCACAGAUCUUCAUCAGAAUCUGGAUCUGAAACUGAAGACAGCAGCAUUGAUAAUUAUAACUUGCAUGGAUCUUCAUCAGAAUCUGGCUCUGAAACUGAAGACAGCAGCAUUGAUAAUUAUAACUGGCACGGAUCUUCAUCAGAAUCUGGAUCUGAAACGGAAAGCAGCAGCAGCAUUGAUAAUUAUAACUUGCAUGGACCUUCAUCAGAAUCUGAAUCUGAAACGGAAAGCAGCAGCAGCAGCAGCAGCAGCGUUGAUAAUUAUAAUUUGCACAGACCUUCAUCAGAAUCUGGAUCUGAAACUGAAGGCAGCACCAAUGAAGAUGAUGGUAAAUGGCAGAAACCGUUGUUAAACUCUGAACCUAAACUUGUAAACAGUGGUGCAAAUGGAAAAAAGCGAUUUCACACACCAGAGAAACCAUUUCGUUGUAAAAUUAGACGUAAAACAAGUAAAAUAUUUUAAUAAACCAAAACAGAUUACUUAAGACGCAUAGGACAGGACAAACAGUUUGCAGCUUUUGUAAAAAAAAAAAAUGAUGACAAUAAUAAUAAGGUUAAAGUGUCAGACGUAGGGGUUCACAUGGGGCCGAGAGAGAGACCAUUUAGUUGUAGCGUCGGCGGACAAAGCCACAUGACUGAUGGCAUGACAUGAUUAAUUAUACAUUUUUAGUGUUAUGGUCAUUGGUGUUUCUGAUGGAUUUCUAGCAUGCACGGCAGAGUAGGAAAUUUGAACAAGGGGUUAUCUUAUCACAUUCAUGUUUCUAAAUUGUUGAAUAGUUAGUUGAUCAGUACAAGGGAAUAAUUCCAGAUGAUGCUGUGUACAUGGUCUUUUGGUAAUUAUUAGUGGCAAUAAUCUGAUUUAAACCAUUUUUUUUGUUGAUGACUAAGGUAACAUCAAUAAAGCACACUGAGAAACUGC